UCGUUUCACAAUCACAUAUAUCUCCUUCCUCACGUUCUCAUUCAUUUCCACCGUACCUUCAUCAUUAUUCAAACUCUUUUAACAACAGUGACGCCAUUGGUGCUCCCCAUUGAAGCUUAUUUAUAUAUAUAUAUAUAUAUUCUCCAUGGACGACAAGUACUGUAAAACAUCAAAGAAAGAAGCUUCGUCAUCAGUUAAUAAUAGUUCUUCAAAGCGCUCAUCAUCACUGCCGAGGAGUUUUUCAGCCAAAACAACCACCGCCGCCGCCACCACUGCCGAAUCCCUUCUUAGAAGCUCUUCACAAAAGAACCCUUGUUCUUCUUCAUCUUCAUCGUCAUUGCCUCGAAGUUGUUCGCAAAAGAGCUCUUCCAUUUCGCGUAAAUGCAGUAACUUAGCUAAAAAACAAAAGGCUAGAUUCUAUAUUAUGAGGCGUUGUGUCGCCAUGCUUGUUUGCUGGCAUAAACAUGGAGAUUCUUGAUAUAUAUAUAUAUAUAUAGGUCUGUAGGGAAGGGUUUUUUUUUUUUUUUUUUUG